UAAUUUCAUGGCAUCCCAAAUCGUGACCAAAGUGAGACACAGGGAAUCAAUAAGGUCACACAUUCAAUGCGGUUGUUUGGGAUGAGACGAUUUCAUGUGAAUUAUGACCACGUAAAUAGUAACGAGUGCAGAGAAAGAAUUCGGAUCAGCAACACAGUUUACUUUUCAGCUCUUCCUUUCGUAGUAGUGACUAGUCUUUGUGGUCAACUUGUUUUUGGGGACUAUGAGAUAAACGAUACCGAGGUGGGUGUGUACCACUCUGCUGCGGAGGGUCGUCAGUUGAUAGAGAAUCCAAAGUAUUCCAGCGUUACGUUCAAUAAUUUUAAGCCGAUCACCGCCGCCACGUCGACGUUGAGAAGUAAAUCGCAUCCGGUUGUGAGAACGGGAAAGAUAAAAAUGAGAAUGGUAGAGAGCAAUUCUGUUAUGGAUUCGGAUGACCAGCAUUUAUACGAGGAUAGACCAUUACAUCAACAUUACGGUAUUCCGUACAUGUAUACUGGACCCAAUAAUGGACAAGGAAGUGGGUUCUACGUGCAACGCCCACAACAACAAGGUUAUGAGGAAUACAUGCAUGAUAUCGAAGCCAAGGAAGCUGCAUUAAAAGGAUUUGGGGUUGGAUUGGCAAUUGGAUUAGGAGCACUUGGCAGUUUAACUGGAUUGUUGAAAUUGAUUUGGAUUCCUUUGCUGGCGUUGGGGGCAUUGUUGCCACUUUUGCUGCUUUUCACAACACCAAUUCCAGUGAUCAGCAUGGGGAAAAUGUUGUUGGGGAGUGUAAAUGUGAAGCAAGCAAGGUUACAGGAUGCAAUAGAGGAAGUUAUGAAGAAGUUGCCGGAGAAUUUAAGCAAAACUUCGUCUGUAAAAGAGUCAUAAUUAAUUUUUAAACCAGUUUUAUAUUUACAACUUCAAAAUGUAUAUAAUUAAGGAUAAAUUCCAAGCUUGUUUCAAUGUUUUUGACAAUUUAUGAAUCACAUGUAGUUAAAACAUAAUCAAAAAAAUAAUUCAGAGAUUGAUUCCAAUAUUGCUACAACCAGGUUGAUUAUACUUGACCUCUUCCAUGCCUGUAUCUUUUCAAAUAAUUUGAAUUCUGAAAAAAUGAAGAAACGAGUUCAAAAUCUAUCUUACAUCCCAUGCUUAAUUUAUGGACAUACUCUAAUUUUCUCAUUGUAAUAAGGUUUUUCUGCGACAUCGUUAACAUAGUGUCGAUGUGUGGGAUCAAGCGGUUGACUUUCUGCGACGGAAUAAGCUUGGGAUUGGUCUGGUCUAUCAAGUCUCAAAUUCCCGAGCUGCAAAUUUAAUAUGCAAAUAUGAUCAUUAUUACACGCAUAAGUUACCAUCUAAUAAAUAAAUACAGAUAGUUUUAAUACGAUAA